UCAAAAAGCAAGUAACUUUUAUGGAUGACCCUACGAACUUAAUUGAAUCAUAUGAGACAGUAUCAGAGAAUUCUGAAUUGUUUGACGCUAAAAAAUGCUUGUGUGAAUUUGAACACCUCGACACGGAAUGUACAGCAGACUCUGAAAAACUGUUGAUAUUCUUGAAUGCAAUUCAUUCAUACAAAAGAUAUGUGGAAGUUAACACAAGACAAUGUGACCUUUUGAUCGAAAAGAAUAUGAACAUAGACAGUGUGGUCAGUCAACUACAAAAGGAGCUAUCAGAAUCCAGACAAUCAAACUCACAGUUAGAGCUUGAUGAAGUAGACUGCGAUAUGGAUCUCUGGUAUUUGAGAUAUGCGUUAGAAGAAGAGAAGAAAAGGAAAGCUCUUAAUGCAAAAGAUAAGGAAGAGCAAGAUAAUAAAAAAGGAGAGCAAUAUAACAAAAAACUUGCAAUGAAAAAACAAUCUGAAAUAUGUCUCAGCCUAGCAGAUAUGGAACUGAAUUCUUCAGCAGAAAGCUCAAGUGAGAGUGAGGCUGUGGCAGGUCACUCUUUCUUCACAUGAGCUGGAUCAGUUUAGCACUUGGCCCCUCCUCUACCAGGAAGAAGUGGAAUUUUCUCUCCAUUUCUUAGGAUGCUAGCUUGGUCCAGGAGGGUGCAAUCUGUCUGCAAGCUGAGCUGGACUCUGUGGUUUUCUCUGGAGCAGAUGUGUGAAGAGUUAUCCCAGUUGAUCAAGCCAAUUCUUUUUCUACAUAAUGAGGUAAAGAAACAAAAGGAGAAAGAUAGACUAUCAGAGAAAGAGACAGCUAGGUAAGC